UGUCAAUUUUUAUGUAAUUUAUUAUGGAAUUAUUAUUUUAAUCGAAUACGAUAUUUUGCCUCGGUCUGAUUUAACAAAACGGUGUUAUUAUGUUACUGUGCAAAAUGACUAUUUCCGUGGAUCCUAACCUAGUAGUUUGCGUAACGUAAAUUCGUAGGUUCCCGAUGGUUAGGAAGACGAUGGUGCUGAGCACAGAGUGGGCGCAGGUGGAAGUGGUUGAACUAACGAACGAUGGGAACGGGUUAGGUUUUAAUUUAGUGGGUGGUCGGAGCACUGGUGUCGUGAUAAAGUACGUGCUGCCUGGCGGUAUUGCUGAUAAGGACGGGCGCUUGCAGAGCGGAGAUCAUGUGUUGCAAGUUGGUUCUGUGAACUUACGAGGCUUUACGUCGGAGCAAGUUGCUGCUGUGUUGCGUCAGUCGGGCCCUACAGUGCGGCUACUAGUCGCAAGACCCGCUGAUCCGGCGACAGCUUUAAGAGCCCCCAUUCCUGGCACAGUCUUGGUCCCGACGAAGCUACUUGCCGAUCCAGAACUUCUAGACCGACAUCUCAUAGAAGCUGGAUACGGAGCAGUGUAUGAACUACCACAGUGCUAUAGUGAAUAUUUAAAUGGACAGAAUGGUGAUGUGGAGAAUUUAGUUGCAGCAGUGAGCAUUGUUGGUGAUAAUCCACAGCAGAUUCCUGAUCAUCCAAUUGUUGCAGACUCCUUACCAACAACCAUCACUAUAGCUGUUCCUGUAGAGCUUCCUGUAUUACCUGAAGUAGAAAUUGUUCAUGUUGAUUUAAAUAAGAAUGUUUAUGGUCUUGGUAUAACUGUCGCUGGGUAUGUUUGUGAGAAAGAGGAACUCUCUGGUAUUUUUGUCAAAAGUAUUAUAGAAGGUAGCAGUGCGGAGCAGAGUGGUAAAAUUAGGAUAAAUGAUAGAAUAAUAGAGGUGGAUGGAGUUUCUAUAGUUGAUAAGAGUAAUCCUCAAGCUGUUGAGAUAUUGCGGAAUACAGGGAUAUCUGUGCAUCUUGUUUUAGAGAGGUACUUGAGAGGUCCAAAGUUUGAACACCUACAGUUAGCUAUAUUUAAUGAAGAAAAGCCUGCCUCACCAACUCCAUCAGCCACAACCUUAACUUGGUUCCAAGUGCCUUCACAACUUGAUAAUAGUGUGACUGAAAUUGAAGCAGAGCCUGAAUCAAAUACAACAAUAGACUCAAAUGUUUCGGAGGUUGCUGAAGAUAAUCUAUCUAACCAAGAACCAACACAAGAAGAGUUAGAUCGUAGACUUGAUGAAAUUUUAAAUGUUGAUACAGAAGAAAUUGUAAAACGAUGGGAAUCUCAAAUUGGAUCAGAUAAGGAAAUUAUCAUCGCGGAAGUUAACAAACUAUCUGGGCUGGGUAUAAGUCUAGAGGGAACUGUUGAUGUUGAAGGUGGAUUGGAAGUUAGACCUCAUCACUACAUUAGAUCAGUUCUCCCGGAAGGUCCAGUUGGUCAACAGGGUACACUGGUAGCUGGUGACGAGCUUUUAGAAGCAAAUGAAUACAGGUUGCAUGGUCUCACACAUACUGAAGUAGUAAAUAUUCUGAAGAAGCUUCCGAAUCGUGUGAGGUUAGUCUGUGCUAGAAGCAGCACAGAAAGUGGUCCCCGACCUGUUAUUAAUUUAGCACAAGAUAGGGAAGGAUUUGAAGCACGGAAAAUUAUUUCUGGAAGUUUGAAUAACUUAUCAACAAUUGUUAAGGCACAGUCAGACACAUCCAUUAAUACGUCUAGUACAGCAACUCUGACACAUCAUUCAGGGUUCUCAAGGAAAUCUAAGUCUUUGGAGUGUGUUUCUGGAUUAGCCAUGUGGCAGAGUAAGGAAGAUAUUGUGGAACUAAUGAAAGGUGAACAAGGUCUUGGCUUUUCAAUACUAGAUUAUCAAGACCCGAUUGAUCCAAAAGGCACAGUUAUUGUUGUAAGAAGCUUAGUGCCCGGUGGUAUUGCUGAAAAGAAUGGGGAGAUUUCCCCUGGUGAUCGGGUUAUGUCUGUUAAUGGAAUUAGUAUAAAAAAUGCAACUUUGGACCAAGCUGUUCAAGCAUUAAAAGGUGCUCCGAGAGGUGUCGUAAAAGUAGGAAUAGCAAGACCACUGCCAUAUGAUACUAACAAAUCGAAGAGUGCAGCAAAUGUUAAUGAAACACAUAGUUAAUUAAUAUCACCAUUCUGUGUUAGAACUAGUCAAUCAUAUCCAAUUUACGCUUAACUGAAGAUUUAUAAGCGUUUAGAACGCAUCUAGACCAAUAAGCUAGUGUUGAGCAAGCACAUUGAUAAUUGUUAGGGCUCAAAUCUUGAUAUUAUUAAGAGCUCUCUAUACAAUAAUAAAUAACGCUUUACUAGAAAGUAUUUAAUGUAAGUAUCACAUCCUUUUAUACGGCACAUUUUUGUCUAUUCUAACAUAUUAUUAUUUCUAGUAUGUAUAUAUUUUGAAUAUCCAAACAUAAACUUAAGAUAUAGUAUGGAAGUAAAAAUAUAAAUGAAGAGUGAAUAUACUCUACUAAGAUCUUAACAAUGGCAUGUCUUAUUAAACCAAUUAUGAAUAACAAAUUCAAAAUUUAUUAACAUAAUUAUUUAUAAUCAGUCUGAUUGUGGUCGUUGUAAAACAAAAACUAUUUCUAAACAAAUUACAACGAACGGCAAUUCAGAAAUUAUUGAAAGACUUUUUGCAUUAAGUUCCUCACUCACCAUUUUUUUAAUCAUUCAUAUACAAAGACUGAGAUAUGGUAUAAAUAUAUUAUUAUUAUCAUAAUAUAGUACACAGAGAUUGUCUGUACCACAACUGGGUUAUAAUAUGGAAAAACAUUGGCAUAUCUCCCUCUGGAUAGUACUACUACCAAAAAAUACCUCAAUUAUACUAACCUUUUGCAUUUCCUCUUUAAAUUAAUAUGUUCUCAACCAUGAAUCUCAUCCCAUUUAGUAUAUUGAAAAUCUUAUAGAUCUUGCGGCAACCUGAUACUAAGGGAACAAUUAUGUAAAUUUAACUAAAAAUUUAUCAUUAGACUAUAAUAAAUGAUAAUUAUAUUGUGUGUAUAAUAAUAUAAAUAUAAAAUCUUUAAUUACAUAAUAUGUUCUAAUAUACAGUAUAUAUCUCUCUAUAACUGGGAUUCCCAAAGAGUUCAAUAUCAAUAUAGCUUCUCCAGGAGUUCACAUAAAUUAAAACAUACUUUGGGGGUCAUAGAGAUUUAAAAAUCAACCCCUAUUUUUGUCCACACUACAAACUUUUAAGAUACUGUAUAAGUUGUGUUAUAUGUAUUAACUUGUUUAUUUCAACUAAGUAACUCUUUUGUUUAUCACCAUUUUGAAUGAAACACUAAAUGUAAUGAUUAUUCCUGAGAUUGGUGUGCACAGACAAAACAGUGAAAAAAAAAAACUGACUGGCCUCGGUUAUAUAAGUGUAAUUUAGUUAAUGUACAGACACGGUAUGUUUAAGAUUUUAAUUUAUAUAGAUAUUUAUUAUUAAUUGAAUGUUAUAUAUGUAUUAGUGAAAAUGUUUAUUUUAACAUAGUUUGAAUAAUGUAGAAUGUAGAUAAUAGAAAAACUUCCUAUACUAAAUAGAAUGACUGACAUUGCAAUAUGUAGAUAAAGUUAUGUAUAUGUUGCAGUUAAAUCAAAAGUUACAAGUUAAUUUUGGUUUGUAAACUUUUUUUUAUUCAGGUUUGGAUUUCCUAGAAAUAACGAAUGGCAGUUGAGUCUAUUUCUUUUUUGUGAAGCUAUUUAUGAAGUUAUUGUUUUCUUCAUAUUUGUUGUAACAUGCAACAUAAAAAAAUACCAAACAGUUUUGUCUGGAAUGCCGUACACUCUAUAUUAAUGAACCGGUUUUAUAAUAAUCAGUUAUAAAUCUAUAUAAAAAAAACUGUUCUAACCGCGUUGUAUACGUUCAGAGUGUUAAACUCCAAAGGAGUGAUUUAUUACCCAACACAGACAGUCAACAACCUUUUGAGGUACGAACCCUAAAAAACCGUUCUUAACAACCGGUUUAUUCGACGACGACGAAACCUUUAUAAUUAGCUUAUAAAAUAGCGGUUGAAGACAGAAGUAAACCGAAUAUAACAUACUUUUAGAACGGAAACUUAACCUGUUUAAUUUUUUUCUGUUUUAUACCGUGCUCCGUAGUAGUUAUGAUCUCUUUUUGCAAUAUAUUAUAGUUAUCUUACAAUUAAUUUUGUUGUAUGAUUUAUUUUUCGUAUAUUUAUGAUCUGUAUAAUAUAUCUAUGCAUAAAAUUUUUCUAUUGCAUCAUAUAAGAUAUAAGUAACUUUCUUACUUUUAUAUUUUUAUCCCUUAGGUAAUUUAUACGUCUAGAUAGUCUCUUGCUGUUAGACAACCGAUAAAAACAGGCCAGGGAUAUUAAUUUUGUGUGCGUGACAUGCUACGUCUUACACUCGCGAUUUGUAUGACACUUUGUGUUAGUGUGCGUGAAUUGCUCAAAAUAGAGGUUAAAUCACUAAUUUUUUUCGAUGUUUUCUCAGCUGUCAUAGUCUAUCUAGACGUAUAUGAUCUAAGCCUCAUACAUCUUCUGUACCUGUGUACCACCUAUCUAUCCUUAUUGAAAUUUUGUACGAACUGAUUCACCAAUUGAUGUGUAAAAUGCAAUGUAACUAGUAAAUUUUAAAAUAAUUUAUGUUGCGAUCAAUUUGCGAAUAGUCACAUAGGAAAUAAAAUAAUAUUUUACCAGUUCCUAAUACAAAACCUUAAUUCAUUCACUAAUACAAGAUGUUGGGAAGUGAUACAGACUAUUGAAAAGCGUUGCCUCUCAGGAUUUAUGAUAAUAAUAGGCUGAAAAUGUCAAAUGAAUUUAACUAAAAAAUGGCAAAUUGUUCAGUAAUGAUUUGUAGAUAAUAUUAGCAAAAUGACUUCAGCUUAGAAAAAAAAGAAUACGGUUACGCUUGGUGCUGUUACCAAUAAUUGUUAGCACAUAUUACUUAUUUCCUCCCUGUAUAACAUUUUUAUUUAUAUAUUUGUUCCAUGGAAAAGGAGGAUAAACGAGCGGUGUCACCUAAUGUUAAGUGAUCACCGCCGCCCAUAUUCUCUUCCAAUACUAGUGGAAACACAGGAGCGUUACCGGCCUAUUAAAAAAGCGUACGCGCUUUGUUUUAAAUUAUAUUAUUUUUUCAUUUUAAUAAAAUUUAUAAUAUUAUUUUAUAUACAGCUUGGCGCUUUAAUGGCGAUAUUAAAUGAACACACAGGUAUAGCUACUUAAUCGUAAUCAUAGUAUUUUUUUUAAAUGAAAAUAAUUGAAAUAUUCAAACAAAGAAAUUAUACAUUUAGAAAACAAAAUCUUAAUCACCCUCACGUGGGCGUAUUCACCAACGAGUUCGGAUGACUACGGCGCGGCGUGAAAGAAGUGUGUCAGUGCCUACGAUAGCUCGCGGCUACUAGAUUACUACGUAGGCGCUAUUCACCAACGAGUUCGGAUGACUACGGCGCGGCGUGAAAGAUGUGUGUCAGUGCCUACGAUAGCUCGCGGCUACUAGAUUACUACGUAGGCGCUAUUCACCAACGAGUUCGGAUGACUACGGCGCGGCGUGAAAGAUGUGUGUCAGUGCCUACGAUAGCUCGCGGCUACUAGAUUACUACGUAGGCGCUAUUCACCAACGAGUUCGCAUGACUACGGCGCGGCGUGAAAGAUGUGUGUCAGUGCCUACGAUAGCUCGCGGCUACUAGAUUACUACGUAGGCGCUAUUCACCAACGAGUUCAGACGGCUACGGCGCGGUUUUGAAGUGUAUCAGUGCCUAUGUUAGCUCGCGGCUACUACAUUACUACGUAGGCGCUAUUCACCUAUGAGUUCGGAUGACUACGUCGCGGCCUGAAAGAAGUGUGUCAGUGCCUACGAUAGCUCGCGGCUACUAGAUUACUACGUAGGCGCUAUUCACCAACGAGUUCAGACGGCUACGGCGCGGCGUUGAAAUGUAUCAGUGCCUAUGUUAACUCGCGGCUACUACAUUACUACGUAGGCGCUAUGCACCUAUGAGUUCGGAUGACUACGUCGCGGCCUGAAAGAAGUGUGUCAGUGCCUACGAUAGCUCGCGGCUACUAGAUUACUACGUAGGCGCUAUUCACCAACGAGUUCAGACGGCUACGGCGCGGCGUGGAAGAAAUGUCGGUGCCUACGAGAGCUUGCUCCUACUAGAUUACAUACAGAUGUUCCGAAAUGAUGUUAUGAAAAAAUGAUUUAUUUACGUGAAUUAUGUAUUUUUAUUUUUGAAUUAUUUUUUUAUGAUAAAGGUUAAGUAGCUCCGCAUAUUCAUUUAAUGUCGCCAUUGUAGCCUCGCUCUGUAUAUUUUAUUUAAAUAGGAAUUUUAUCCAUCUUCUCAAUUUUUAAGGCGCUUCUCUCAAGAAAUCAAAUAAUGUGUUUCAAAGAUAAAUUUUACCGAAUUAUAAUAUUGAUAUACAUAAGUAUUCAUGCUACAUAGAUGAUGCUAAUGAGAUAGCCUUAGAUUAAAAAUUGGACUCCGUUGCGCUCCAACUAGAUACCGCAGGCGUAAUCGUAAAGUGCGGCAACUAGUACUACGCCCAAGUGACGUUGAUGUGCCACAUGUUCUAUUAAACUUUGCUAAUAAUUGAAACUAAGAUGUCGGUUUGCAUAGAACUUUUUAAAAUUAAUACUGUAAGAAAUAAGAAAGGCACUGGGAUCACAUAUCAUCAGUAAGUAUUUUGUUAAUUUCAAUGUAAAAUAACACGAAGCAUAUAUAAGUUACAAAAUUUGAAAGAUGCCAUUGAGCGUCAAGAUGCCACGCACACAACCAUCUUUAGAAAUAGCCAAUACACACUACAAUAUAAAGUUGCCUUCAUAAAACAGUUUAGGUAGUACCUACGAUAUCUAGUUUGAUCGCAGCGGAGACCAAUCCUUAAUCAAUGGAGAUGGCAUUCAUAGACAAUGUUGAAAAUAUUCAUGUAUAGGAAGCACUCAGUGCAUAAUUAAACAUAAACCGCAUUUUGUUUUCAUUAAAAUAUUUUACUAUCUCACAAUAUUAAUUAUACCAGUUGUUACAAGUAGGAGGCAACAGAUCUUCGGUUCUAAUGGGAUUUAACAUCUUAUAUUGAAAUAAAUUGGUAUUUAGCUCUCCGAUCAAAGAUUGUUAUAAAAUGACAUUUUAAGUUUCGAGUGUUUUGACGUUAUUUCUGUUCGCAAGUUGAUCGCUUCGUCACUAAAUUGAUAAUGUAAGCACUAAUAAUUGUAUAAAGAACACCGUUUAGCCUUAUACAUUAUAAUAUUGUAACAAUAAAACGAAUAAAUAUAUAAAAUAUA